GUGCGCUGCGCCGGGUCCGGCCCGUCGGCUCCGAGUCCGCGCUGCCCCCGAGGCGAUGCUGCUGCCCCCGCUGCGGAGAGCGCUGCUGGGCGGCCCCCGCGCUGGGCUGCGAUGGCAACACCGUAUAGCUGUAGAGGUGACCAACGAACCCAUUCUGGAGUUCAAGCGGGGCAGCCCGGAACGAGCGGCUCUUCAGAAGGCGCUAAACGAUCUGAAGGGCAAGACGGAGGCCAUCCCGUGCGUGGUGGGGGGAGAAGAGGUGUGGACGUCGGACGUCAGGUACCAGUUGUCGCCGUUCAAUCACUCGCAUAAGGUGGCCAAGUUCUGCUAUGCGGACAAGGACUUGCUUAACAAAGCCAUCAGUGCCGCCAUGGCCGUGCGGAAGGAGUGGGACCUGAAACCCGUCCAGGAGAGGGCACAGAUCUUCUUCAAGGCGGCCGACAUGCUGAGUGGGCCAAGGCGAGCGGAAAUGCUGGCCAAAACCAUGAUUGGGCAGGGCAAGACUGUCAUGCAGGCGGAAAUCGACGCAGCCGCGGAACUGAUAGAUUUCUUCCGAUUCAAUGCUAAGUAUGCUCUGGAGCUGGAGAACUCUCAGCCCAUCAGCGUCCCCAUCAGCACCAACAGCAUGGUCUACCGGGGGCUGGAGGGCUUUGUUGCAGCUGUUUCGCCCUUUAACUUCACUGCGAUUGGUGGGAACCUGGCAGGGGCUCCAGCUUUGAUGGGAAAUGUGGUCCUGUGGAAGCCCAGCGACACCGCCAUGCUGUCCAACUUCACCAUCUACAGGAUCCUCCUGGAAGCUGGUCUCCCUCCAAACGUCAUUCAGUUCGUCCCGGCUGACGGAGCUCUUUUUGGAGACACGGUCACAAGCUCUGAGCAUUUCUGCGGGCUCAACUUCACGGGCAGCGUGCCAACCUUCAAGCACCUUUGGAAGCAGGUGUCAGAGAACCUGGAUCGAUACCGCACCUUCCCGCGCCUGGCAGGAGAGUGCGGUGGGAAGAACUUCCACUUCGUGCACAGCUCAGCCGACGUGCCCAGCGUAGUGAACGGGACCCUGCGCUCGGCCUUCGAGUACAGCGGCCAGAAAUGCUCGGCUUGCUCCCGCCUCUACGCCCCCGACUCGCUGUGGCCCCAGAUCAAAGUGAAACUGUUGGAGGAGCACCGGAAGAUCAAAGUGGGAGACCCUGCCCAGGAUUUUGCGACCUUUUUCUCAGCUGUGAUCGAUGACAAGUCUUUUGCACGUAUUAAGAAGUGGAUCCAACACGCCAAGACGUCGCCCAACCUCAGCAUUCUGGCGGGGGGGACAUGUGACGACACCGUUGGGUAUUUUGUCGAGCCGUGUAUCGUGGAGAGCAAAGACCCAAAGGACCCCAUCAUGGAAGAGGAAAUUUUUGGCCCAGUCCUGACUGUGUAUGUCUAUCCAGAAAAGCAGUACAAGGAAAUCCUACAGCUUAUAGACACCACAUCCCCCUAUGGCCUCACGGGGGCAGUGUUCGCCCAGGAUAAGAACGUCAUCCAGGAAGCGAGGACGCUUCUGAGGAACGCAGCUGGCAACUUCUACAUUAACGAUAAGUCGACGGGUGCAAUUGUGGCCCAGCAGCCAUUUGGGGGCGCCCGUAUCUCAGGAACCAACGACAAACCAGGCAGUCCCUACUACCUCCUGCGCUGGACGUCUCCCCAGGCCAUCAAGGAGACCCAUGUGCCCCUUGGAGACUGGCAGUACGCGUACAUGCAAUGAUCGCGGCCCAGCGCCUUCCAUGCUGGGAGAACGCACUCUUACUACUGACUCCCAACGCACAGUGUAGUUGCUGAUCUCAGUGCCAACCUACGGCUCUAAUAGUAUUUAAAACAUUUUGUUUUUUCAAACAAAAUUUAACAGACUGUUACCCAG